CUAGCGCUGUAAGCACAAAGCACCUAAACAAGCCAUGCGAACUGGAUGUGUGUGAAUUUGCAUGAAACACAACCUCGCAGCAUUUUCAACGGCUGAAGACUAGAUGCACUUGUGAAGGACUAACGUUACGGGGUAUCUGGUUGAUUGAAUAAACUUUUUGGUCGUAUUCGAGUGUUUUUUUUUUAUUGGAAAUCCAUACCAGAUCAAUCAUGGUUGCUAUGGCAAAAAGAAUGAAGAUCUUCGAGAUCGUCUUCAACGAUCCGACCAAGACAUUUUACUGCAGUGGAGAUAAAGUGGCCGGGAAGAUCCUGGUGGAGGUGUUGGAGAUGACCAGGGUCACGGCCAUGAAGGUCCUGGGAGUCGGAUGCGCAAAAGUGGAGUACGCGAAAGGCAAACAGAGAUGCCGUGAAGAAAUUGACUAUCUGAAGUAUGAAGAUGUUGUUCACUUGGAUGAUCAUCCUGCAGAUACAGAUGGUUCAGUCAUUCUCCGUCCAGGCAACAAGUACGAAUACUCAUUUGGAUUUGAGCUCCCUCAACAAGGGCAACUGGUGUCUUCCUACAAAGGCAAGUUCGGGUAUGUUCAGUACUUUGUGAAGGCUAUAAUGGAAAGACCCUCACACCCUGUCCUAGAGUGCAAGAGACACUUUGAAGUCGAGGAACCCCUGGAUGUGAACACCCCUGAUCUGCUGUCCCCUACUGGAGGCAUGAAGGAGAAGAAAGUCACCUGCAUGUUCAUCCCCGAUGGCCAGGUGUCCCUAAAUGCCAAGAUCGAUAGGCGUGGCUUCUGCGAAGGAGAAGAGAUCUGCAUCGAUGCCAAAUUUGAGAACACCUGCUCUCGCAUCGUGGUACCCAAAGCGGCCAUCAUCGCCAAGCAAAUCUACCAGGCCAACGGGCGCACCAAAGUCUUCAGGCAGAAACUGUCCUCGGUGCGUGGCAACCACAUCAUCUCUGGCAUGUGUGAUGCUUGGCAGUCCAAGAGCAUCCGGGUGCCCAAGAUCAAGCCGUCCAUUUUGGGCUGCGACAUUAUCCGGGUGGAAUAUGCACUUAUGAUUUACAUGCACAUCCCAGGCAGCGAUAAGUUGGUUCUGGAGCUUCCACUGGUCAUUGGCACCGUCCCUUACAAUGGUUUUGGUAGCCGUACCAAUAGCAUGAGUAGCCAGGAUGGUUCCGUGGGCACGUCUUCGGCUAGCUGGGUGUCCUUAAGGAUGCCCUCGUCUGCCCCGCCCAGUUACUGCGAUAUCAGACGCGACAACAGCCUGGAACAGCCUCUCACACCCCUGCUAGAUGAUUAUGAUGGCGGAGACAGUCCUAUCUUUAUGAACGCAAGCCAGUUCCAGUUCCCCCCGCUGCCCACCUAUUCUGAGGUGGAUGAAGAUUACAACAACUGUGGUGCUCGCAUGCUUCCUGUCUGCUGAACCGACCCAGCAGUGCCUUAAACUGAACUGUUGCUCAAUAUAAGUGGGCUUCUUUUCCACUGCACCUGAGACGUGUAGGAUGGAUGCUGGCUACGAAUUUGGCCCCGCAGGAUGAUUUAGUCGAAGUUCAGAGGAUGAAGAGAAGUCUGAGCUCCUAUCAUACCUGCACCCCUGACAGCAACAUACUAUGAUGCAUCACACAAUUAAAUGUUCUUCUGACAGACUGAUGCUGUUUUAGGCCGGACUAAGGGGACGUGGGCCGUUUGGCAUGCUGUAUGUUACUGAUUAAGCUGCUCUUUCCUGAGAAUACUGCUGAGGUGUAAAAUGAUUGUACUGCCUUUUAGCCAUGUAGACACAACUUUAAUUUCCCAAAUGGUGGUCAUGUACUUUCCAUUACUUCCCAACACACAUUCAUUAGCAUGUAGAUACUCGAUUGUGUUCAUUUCUCAUGACCAUUCCAUGUUUUUAUGAGGAGAAAUGAUUAUAUGUGGAAAUGUGCAAGGUUUCUGAGGGAAAAUUGUGUACAGGUGUGACCAGUGUUGUGACACUUUUUUUUUAUCUAUUUUGAUGCACUUUUUAAGGGCGAGUUGCUAUAAAAGUACUUCCAGGGAGAUGCCCUAUGUUUUAUUUUUCUUGUCUUCCAAACUUGCUCUUAUGUUGAAUCAACACCAAGGGAUCAGGCAUCGCAUCUUGUUUUGCAAAACCUCGUAUCAAGAAAGAGCUCAGUUGAUGUCUACUGUGGACUUGGACAUUAGGCCAAAAUAUAACUCAACAAGUGCCAAAUGGGCUUCAAGUGCUGAUCGCAUUUAUUUGUGAGACCAGAUACUGCACUGUGUGUAGACAUUCUGAUCAGCAUUUCAUUGGAGAUCUUCCUAAACUUUUUGUGUGUAUUGUUUUGUUUCUUGUUGAUUUCAGAAGAUAUUGUAAACAAUGUGGUAGUGCACUUGUUCAAAGUUUCCCUUUUGUAUAUUAAGUUAAAUGUUUUUUUAUGAGAUCUCUUGAAUGAGGUUGUUUCCAAUAAAAGUUUAAAAUGA